CCACAGCAUCCAAUCACAAGGAAGCUCCGCGGCCCGGCCGCCCGUGCACACGUAGGACUACCGCACCCAGAAGGCACUGCGGUCUACGACAUACGUUCGCGACUCAGUAGCUGCGCUGGGGCAUGCGCAGAGAGACAGCGGGCGCUUGGUGGUGGCCUUGGCGGGUCCUCAAACUUUGAUGGGAUUAGCUUGAAGUUUUCCCGCUGGUUUAAGGAAAGCGACCGGCAGUUUCCGGGAAAGGAGACAAGAUUCUGGCUCUGGAAGUACGGGUUCGGAGACAGCGCUUCGGCCCGGGGAAUCCGCAGUCUGAAACUGGAGACUACCCGAGCCGCGGGCGAACCUCCUCCGAGGGCUGGUCGGGAAACCCUCCCGGAGGUGGAAAACCAAGGUCCUGCCUCCAGAGCCCCUCUAAAGAAGAUGACUCAAGACCAGCCUUUGCUUGCUGUGCACGAGGCCCUGAGGAAGUGCUUUCCCGUGGUGGAGGAGCAGCAGGGCCUGUGGCAGAGCACGCUGAGGGACAGCCAGCCCCUCCUGGCCUCCCUCAGCAACCUGGCAGAGCAGCUGCGGGCGGCCCACAAUCUGCGGUUUGAGGACGUGCCUCCACUUCGGGCCUUCCCAGACUUAAAGGAGCGGCUGAGGCGCAAGCAGCUGGCGGCUGGCGACACUGUCUUGGACAAGUUAGGGGAGAGGCUAGCCACCCUCCUCAAGGUGCGUGACACCGUCAGCAGGCACGUGGAGCAGGUGCUUGAGAUCUAUGAGCAGCAUGCAGACUCGAUUGGCAUUGAUGCUCUUCUGCAGGCUUCAGUGGUCAGCCCUUCUGUGGCUGACAUGUUGGAAUGGUUGCAGGAUAUUGAGAGACAUUAUCGAAAUUCGAAGUUAUCUGAAGAGAAAGUACCUCCUGUCCUCGAUCCAGUGGGGAGAUUUAGCAAACAUCCAAGCUUUGCCCAAGGCCUGGGACCAAAUUUCAGAAGAUGAACACCAAAGCCUUGUGCAAGAUACCCUGUUGAAUGUUUCCUUCUUCCUGGAGGAGUAAAGAAGCCGUGUGUUUACCAGCAAACUAGGGGGACACAGUUGAAGACUGAUGUUGGUGCUUUCUGGUAUGGUAACCUGACAUACUUGAAAAAUCAGUGCCUAGAGCCUGAGGACUGGCUUCUGAUGCUGGGGCCUCUCCCUGCGACAUCACGGCUGAGGGCACAUUGCCCUUUCCUAGGCUCCAGAGUGGAGGAGGCGGAGAGAAUGCAGGAAAGGCAAUGCAGGAGAACACUGGGGUAGGGGCUACUGCCACGAAGUGGUAGGGAAGGAGAGGGCCGGGGAGGGGGUGUGGCACACCCUUGGCAUCACCCAGAGCUCUGAGCUUGGUUGACACCCGGCCCUGUUCUGUGUAUUUGUGUCAGUACCUGAUUCUUUGAUGGAAGAUGAUGAUUCUUGAUGAUUUAAAGAAAUAAAGGUGAUAAUUGAUGGAAGACAGUACAGCUCUUCCUCGACUUAGAGUGGGGUUACAUCCUGAUAAUCCCAUCGUAAAUUGAAAAUAUUCUAAGUCAAAAAUGCAUUUAAUACACCUAACCUACCAAACGUUAGUCUAGCCUACCUUAAAUGUGCCCCCAAGCACUCACAUUAGCCUACAGUUGGGCAUAAUCAUCUAACACAAGGCCUGUUUUACAAAGAAAUGUUGACUCUCUCUGUAAUUGAUUGAAAAACAGAACAGCCAUAUGGGCGCCGAAUGGCCGUGUCAGUCGUUCACCCUCGUGGUCUGGGGGCGGACUGAGCUGUGGUGUGUGCGCGGCUGCCCAGCAUCACGAGAGAGGAGGGGGCCGCGUGUCGCCAGCCUGGGAAGAGACCCAAGUUUGUGAAGUACGGUUUCUGGUGGACACGUAUUGCCUUUUGCAGCGUCGGAAGAGUUGAAAAAUCCCCAGUCAAACCAUCUGAAGUCAGGGCGGUGUGUCACUGUUUUCCGACUGCUGUAGCUCCAAGCCACCAUGACGGUUUCCGGAGCCUACCACCAGGGGGAGGUGGUGCAGCAUGAGUUAGGCUCAGAGCUUUGUCUUUGAGGAGUUGUUCUCCCGCCCCGUCUGAGAGUAAGUGGCUGGGGAUAGCGGGACUGUUAAAAUGACAGGGGUUUUGACCAAAGCUGGCACCUGAUUUGCCACAUUCCUCUGAUCUUGGAGUAGCUGCAUGGUGGGAGAAGACCGCCCAGAAUCAGGCCAUCAGGGUUACGUUUCUGAAGCCCAGUGCCUUCAUCUGUGAAAUGGUCGGCCACUUCCAGACCUGUCAGCUUCGGGGGCUGUAGAAAAAUCUGGGUCACUGGAUGUAAAGAGGCUUAAUAAAGAGUAUAGGUAUUUUUAAAAUGAAGAUGACUUUUUUCUUACUACAAAAGUGAUAUAUAUACUUUUUAAAAAGUCAUAGGAAAACUGUAGAAAAAAAUAUAAGUGUAGAAAAGUAUGAAACAAGCUCCAUCAGAGAUAUUCUGAUAUAUACCCUUUCAGUGUCCAUAUUCACAAAUAAAAAAAAAUCCCCAAAUAUAGUAUCAAUGAUAUAUACUGUUAUUAAAUAGUCUUUUUAAAAAACAAAACAAAACAAAACAUAGUUUGGCCAUCUUUUCAUAUCUGUAAAAAUAGCUCAACAUAAUUACAGUAGAUACCAUUACACAUAUAUACCAUUUUAUGAAUGUAUUAGAGCUUUUAUCUUUCCAGACCUUCAUGUGUUUCUACCUAUGAAGAUCAUACAUUGUGAUGGUGAAAAACCGAAGUAUUACAGAAAGUAAAAAUGCACGUGGUCUGCUGUUUUUAACAAUAUGGUAGCUUUUCUUCCAGGAACUUAAAAAAUGUAUCACAUACAUAAUAAUUAUAAAUAAAACUUACAAA